AGCGAGAGAGAGAGAGAGAGAAAGAAAGAGGAAAGAUUCCGUUUAGAAAGGCAGGCGGCGGCAGAGAGGGUGCGAGAGCGAGCGUGGACCAACCACCAACCAGCAGGAUGCGCAUUUAACCACCCACUGUCCAGCCGAAGGAAAAGAAAGAAAAAAAAACGAUCCUGCAUUUUUCCCUCUUUUUUUUAUUCCUCCCUCUCUCGUUAAUGAGUUGAGCUUGAAGCCUGAGCUUGAUGCCAUAGAGAGUGAGAGUGUGAUUGUUCAUUGAGAGGAGCCUCUCUCUGUUCUGUGUGUGCGUUUGAGAGAGUGAGUGGAAUGGGAGAAACAGACUACUGUCAGUAGAACCACUGAAACAGACUGUGUGCCGAGAGAGACAGAGAAAGAGAGAGAGAGAGAGAUAAAGAGAGAGAGAGACAGAGAAAGAGAGAGAGAGAGAGAGAGAGAGAGACAUAUCGAAGGCAAGUGUUUUGUGGAGGGGGAUAAAAAAGGCGAAAAAAGCUCCCGGCAAGACAGACCCAGCGCACCGUGUCUACCCAGCUACAUGCCUCUGUGAUCGGGUAACGAGAGCAGCCAGGAGGGCUCUGGCCGGAUCCUUUUAACCCCUUUGGGGAAGGAACAACUGGAGGAUUUCUUAACCAAGGUUCUCCCAUGCCAUCCUCUCUACCCAGCCCAUCAGUUACUGACCAUUCACACUCGCAACCACCAUCACCCAAUCUCCAUGACAACCAGAGCUCGUUGCUAAGUAGCGCCAGCGCCCAUCCAGCGGUCCAUGAGUCGGACGAGGACGAGGAAGAGUACACAGCCACGCUGUACUUACCUGUAACGCAGGUCACAGCUCACAGCCACCACGGCCUCGCCUGUAAUGAGCAACCGCCCAAUCACCAUCAGCAGGGCCAGUCCACGCUGCCGCCAGCCCUGCCUCCCCACAAGCAGCAGCCGUCGGUCACCGCGCUCAACCACAACUCCCUGAGCAGCCGCAACCGUAAACCCAGCCCGGCCCCACCGGCCGCCCUCCCCGCCGAGCUGCAAACCACACCCGAGUCCGUGCCGCUGCAGGACAGCUGGGUCCUGGGCAGCAAUGUGCCACUGGAGAGCAGGCACUUCCUCUUCAAGACAGGCACCGGCACGACCCCUCUGUUCAGCACGGCUACUCCAGGCUACACCAUGGCAACGGGCUCCGUCUACUCGCCGCCCACGCGGCCCCUACCCAGAAACACCCUCUCCCGCUCCGCCUUCAAGUUCAAGAAGUCCUCCAAGUACUGCUCGUGGAGAUGCACUGCUCUCAGCGCCGUGGGACUGUCCAUCCUGCUGUCUGUCCUGCUCUGCUAUUGCAUAGCCAUGCAUCUGUUUGGUCUGAACUGGCAGAUGCAGGAGACAGAGGGCUACGGCUUUGAGAACGGUCAGGGGAGGUCAGACACCACACCCAACACCAUCACCGCACUGUCUGCUGAUAACGGUAAACUAGGGGUGUUCCUGCAGGAGAACAACACCAUAGACACGGGGGAGGUGGAUGUGGGGCGCAGGGCCCUUCAGGAAGUCCCACCAGGGAUCUUCUGGCGCUCCCAGCUCUACAUUGACCAGCCCCAGUUCCUCAAGUUCAACAUCUCAGUGCAGAGGGAUGCGUUGGUGGGGGUCUACGGCAGGAAGGGCCUGCCCCCCUCACAUACACAGUAUGACUUUGUGGAGCUGCUGGAUGGCAGUCGCCUGAUCACCAAGGAGAAGCGCGGGCUGGUGGAGGUGGAGGGCGUGUCAAGGCGGGCGCGCUCGGUGAGCGUGCACGAAGCGGGCUUCAUCCAGUACCUGGACUCUGGCAUCUGGCACCUGGCCUUCUACAACGAUGGGAAGAACUCCGAACUGGUCUCCUACAACACCAUUGUCAUAGAGUCCGUUAUGGAGUGUCCCCACAAUUGCCAUGGCAACGGCGACUGUCUGUCUGGAACGUGUCAUUGCUUCCCAGGGUUCCUUGGGCCUGAUUGCUCAAGAGCUUCGUGCCCCGUGCUGUGCAGUGGUAACGGCCAGUACUCCAGGGGUCGCUGCCUGUGCUUCAGUGGCUGGAAGGGGACCGAGUGUGACGUGCCCAGCAACCAGUGCAUAGACAUCCACUGUGGGGGACACGGCAUCUGUAUCAUGGGCAUCUGUGCCUGCAACACCGGAUACAAGGGAGACAACUGUGAAGAAGUGGACUGCCUGGACCCUGGCUGUUCGGCCCAUGGUGUGUGUAUCCAUGGGGAGUGCCACUGUAGCCCGGGCUGGGGGGGCACCAACUGUGAGACCCUCAAGACCAUGUGCCCCGACCAGUGCUCCGGCCACGGCACCUACCAAAGCGAAAGCGGCACCUGUACCUGCGACACCAACUGGACCGGCCCCGACUGCUCUGUCGAGGUGUGUGUGGUGGACUGCGGCUCCCACGGCGUGUGUUUCGGGGGCAGCUGUCGUUGCGAGGAGGGCUGGACUGGUACGGUCUGUGACCAGAAGGCCUGCCAUCCCAUGUGCACUAAGAACGGAGUCUGCAAGGAGGGCAAGUGUGAGUGCAACCAGGGCUGGACCGGAGAGCACUGCAACAUCGAGGGCUGCCCAGGCCUGUGUAACAACAACGGUCGCUGUACCUUGGACCAGAACGGGUGGCACUGCGUCUGCCAGUCCGGGUGGCGUGGGGCGGGAUGCGACGUCGCCAUGGAGACCCUCUGCACCGACGGCAAGGAUAACGAAGGAGACGGCCUGGCUGACUGUAUGGACCCAGACUGUUGCCUCCAGACAUCCUGUCAGACCCAGCCGUACUGCCGCGGCUCCCCAGACCCCUCUGACAUCAUCAGUCAGAGCCCGUCCAGCCUGAUGCCCCAGCAUGCCGCACGCUCCUUCUACCAACGCAUCCGCUUCCUGGUUGGACCAGAGAGCAGCCACGUCAUCACCGGGGACAACCCCUUCAACAAGAGCCUGGUGUCCAUCAUCAGAGGCCAAGUCCUGACGGCAGACGGAACCCCCCUCAUAGGAGUCAAUGUUACCUUCGUCCACUACCCCGACCACGGAUACACCGUCACGCGCAAGGACGGCAUGUUUGACCUGUUGACCAACGGUGGGGCCAGUCUGACCCUGAGUUUCGAGCGGGCUCCGUUCCUGAUACAGUACCGCACCGUGUGGAUCCCCUGGAAUGUCUUCUAUGUCAUGGACACCCUGGUCAUGAAGAAGGAGGAGAAUGACAUCCCCAGCUGUGACCUGAGUGGUUUCAUCAGGCCCAGUCCUGUCAUAGUGGCCUCUCCCCUCUCUACCUGCUUCAGGUCCUCACCAGAGGAUGGGCCCAUCAUACCUGAGACACAGGUCCUCCAGGAGGAGACGUCCAUCCCGGGCAGCGACCUCAACCUGCUGUACCUGGGCAGCAGGGCGGCCGGCUACAAGCCUGUCCUCAAGGUCACCAUGACCCAGGCCAGUGUGCCCUUCAACCUCAUGAAGGUGCACCUGAUGGUGGCGGUGGUGGGGCGUCUGUUCCAGAAGUGGUUCCCUGCCCAGCCCAACCUCUCCUACACCUUCAUCUGGGACAAGACAGACGCUUACAACCAGAAGGUCUACGGCUUGUCUGAGGCAGUCGUGUCCGUGGGUUUUGAGUACGAGUCGUGUCUGGACCUGAUCCUGUGGGAGAAGAGGACAGCCACACUGCAGGGCUAUGAGCUGGACGCCUCCAACAUGGGAGGCUGGACGCUGGACAAACACCAUAUACUGGAUAUCCAGAACGGCAUCCUGUACAAGGGCAAUGGUGAGAACGUGUUCAUCUCCCAGCAGCCCCCAGUGAUCAGCAGCAUCAUGGGUAACGGCCGGCGCCGCAGCAUCUCGUGCCCCAGCUGUAACGGCCAGGCGGAGGGCAACAAGCUGCUGGCCCCCGUGGCUCUGGCCUGUGGCGCCGACGGGAGCCUCUUCGUCGGGGACUUCAACUACAUCAGACGCAUCUUCCCCUCUGGGAACGUCACCAGUGUGAUGGAGCUCAGCAACAACCCGGCCCACCGGUACUACCUGGCGACAGACCCGGUUACGGGGCAGCUGUACGUGUCAGACACCAACUCCCGCCGUAUCUACCGUCCCAAGGUCCUGACGGGCACCAAGGAGCUGCUCCAGAACGGAGAGGUGGUGGCUGGUACCGGGGAGCAGUGUCCCCCCUUCGACGAGGCACGCUGCGGGGACGGGGGCAAGGCCACAGAGGCCCUCCUCAUGGGGCCCAAAGGUAUUACGGUAGAUAAGAACGGGUACAUCUACUUCGUAGACGGGACCAUGAUCAGGAAGGUGGAUCGUAACGGGAUCAUCUCCACCCUGUUGGGCUCCAACGACCUCACCUCAGCACGACCCCUGACCUGUGACACCAGCAUGCACAUCAGACAGGUUCGUCUGGAGUGGCCCACAGCUCUGGCCAUCAACCCCAUGGAUAAUUCCAUCUAUGUCCUGGACAACAACGUGGUGCUGCAGAUCACUGAGAACAGACAGGUGCGCAUCGUGGCGGGACGCCCCAUGCACUGCCAGGUGCCGGGUAUAGAAUACACGCUGGGCAAGCGGGCGGUGCAGACCAUGCUGGAGGGAGCUGCCGCCAUCGCCCUCUCCUACAGUGGCGUGCUCUACAUCGCCGAGACUGAUGAGAAGAAGAUACACCGCAUCCGCCAGGUGUCCACGGGCGGCGAUAUCACGCCUUUGGCCGGAGCUCUGUCCGACUGCGACUGCAAGAACGACGCCAACUGCGACUGCUACCAGACGGGCGACGGCUACGCCAAAGACGCCCGCCUCAACUCGCCCUCCUCGCUGGUCGUCUCGCCCGACGGUACGCUCUACGUGGCCGACCUGGGCAACAUCCGCAUCCGCGCCGUCCGCCGCAACCAACCGCCGUCGGGCUCCGCCGUGUCCGGCCCGGGCUCCUUCGAGGUGGCCUCGCCGUCGUCCCAGGAGCUCUACGUGUUUGAUUCCAACGGAACCCACCAGUUCACCAUGUCUCUCGUCACCGGGGACUACAAGUACAACUUCAGCUAUAGCAACGAGGAGGACAUUACAGCCGUAACGGAUAGUAGUGGCAACACCUUGAGGAUCCGCCGCGACCCCAACCGGAUGCCGGUGCGGAUCGUUGCCCCGGACAACCAGGUGAUCUGGCUGACAAUCGGGACCAAUGGCGGGUUGAAGACACUGACGGCCCAGGGACAGGAGCUGGUGCUGUUCACCUACCACGGCAACAGUGGGCUGCUCGCCACCAAGACCAUACAGAUAGGAUGGACCACCUUCUAUGAUUAUGACAGUGAGGGUCGUCUAACCAACGUGACAUUCCCUACGGGGGUGGUGACCAACCUGCACGGGGACAUGACCGGGGCCAUCACGGUGGACAUUGAGACGUCCGGCCGUGACGAGGACGUCAGCAUCACCACCAACCUCUCCUCCAUUGACUCCUUCUACACACUGGUCCAGGACCAACUAAGGAACAGCUACCAGGUGGGCUACGACCACUCUCUGAGGGUGAUCUAUGCCAACGGGAUGGACACACACUACCAGACGGAGCCCCACAUCCUGGCGGGCGCCGCCAACCCCACGGUGGCACGGAGGAACAUGACGCUGCCCGGGGAGAACGGGCAGAACCUGGUGGAGUGGCGCUUCCGCAAAGAGCAGACCCGGGGGAAAGUCAUCGUGUUCGGGAGGAAGCUCAGGGUGAACGGCAGAAACCUUCUCUCGGUGGAUUACGACCGAACUCUCCGGACAGAAAAGAUCUACGACGACCACAGGAAGUUCCUGCUGAAGAUCGUGUAUGACACCCAGGGCCACCCUACUCUGUGGGUCCCCAGCAGUAAGCUGCUGUCAGUCAACCUUACCUACUCCAGCACGGGGCAGGUGACCAGCCUACAGAGGGGUCCCACCACAGAGAAGGUGGAGUACGAUGGUCAAGGGAGGAUUGUGUCCCGAGUGUUCGCCGAUGGAAAGACCUGGAGUUAUACAUACCUGGAUAAGUCCAUGGUGCUCCUGCUCCACAGCCAGCGUCAGUACAUCUUUGACUACGACCUGUUGGACCGCCUGUCUGCUGUCACCAUGCCUUCGGUGGCCCGUCACACCAUGCAGACCAUCCGCUCCCUGGGCUACUAUCGCAACAUUUACAACCCCCCGGAGAGCAACGCCUCGGUCACCGUUGACUACAGCGAAGACGGACAGCUCCUCAGAGUGGCCCACCUAGGGACAGGUCGUAGAAUUCUCUACAAGUACCGACGACAGAACAAAAUGGCGGAGAUCUUGUAUGAUUCUACGAGGGUUAGCUUCACCUACGACGAGACAGCCGGUGUGCUGAAGACGGUGAACCUCCAGAGCGAAGGGUUCAUCUGUUCCAUCCGGUACCGGCAGAUUGGACCGUUGGUGGACCGGCAGAUCUUCCGGUUCAGUGAGGACGGCAUGGUGAACGCACGGUUUGAUUAUACCUACGACAACAGCUUCCGGGUCACCAGCAUGCAGGCUGUCAUCAACGAGACGCCGCUGCCCAUCGACCUCUACCAGUUUGACGACAUCUCCGGGAAGGUGGAACAAUUUGGAAAGUUCGGCGUGAUCUACUACGAUAUCAACCAGAUCAUCUCCACGGCCGUCAUGACCUACACCAAGCACUUCGACGUCCACGGACGGAUCAAGGAGAUCCAGUACGAGAUCUUCAGAUCCCUCAUGUACUGGAUCACCAUCCAGUAUGACAACAUGGGCCGGGUGACCAAACGAGAGAUCAAGAUCGGACCGUUCGCCAACACGACCAAGUAUGGUUACGAGUACGACGUGGACGGUCAGCUCCAGACGGUCUACCUCAACGAGAAGAUGAUGUGGCGCUACAACUACGACCUGAACGGCAACCUCCACCUGCUCAACCCGGGUAACAGCGCCCGGCUCACCCCGCUACGCUACGACCUCCGAGACCGCAUCACGCGGCUCGGGGACGUUCAGUACCGGUUGGACGAUGACGGGUUCCUGAGACAGAGAGGAGCUGAGAUCUUUGAGUACAACUCCAAGGGCCUUCUGGAACGCGUCUACAGCAAAGGCAACAGUUGGACCAUCCAGUACCGCUACGACGGGUUGGGCCGCCGUGUGGCCUCCAGAACCAGCCUGGGCCAGCACCUGCAGUUCUUCUAUGCAGACCUGAACUACCCGACCAGGAUCACUCACGUCUACAACCACAGCAGCUCAGAGAUCACGUCUCUCUACUACGACCUGCAGGGACACCUCUUCGCCAUGGAGAUCAGUAGCGGAGAGGAGUUCUAUAUCGCCUGUGACAACACCGGAACCCCUCUAGCAGUGUUCAGUAGUAAUGGGCUUCUUCUGAAGCAGGUGCAGUACACGGCCUACGGCGAGGUCUACUUUGACUCCAACCCCGACUUUGUCCUGGUGAUCGGCUUCCACGGGGGUCUCUACGACCCCCUGACCCGCCUGCUGCAUUUCGGCGACCGGGACUAUGACAUCCCGGCGGGGCGCUGGACCACCCCAGACAUCGGGACGUGGACGAGAGUCGGGAAAGACCCGGCGCCGUUCAACCUGUACAUGUUCCGGAACAACAACCCUGUCAGCAAAGUUCACGAGGUCAAGGAGUACGUCACAGAUGUCAAUAUCUGGCUGGUGACGUUUGGGUUCCACCUUCACAACGCCAUCCCCGGGUUCCCCAUCCCCAAGUUCGACCUCACACAGCCAUCCCUGGAGAUGAAGAAGAGCCAGCUCUGGGACGACCUGCCGUCCAUCUCGGGGGUGCAACAGGAAGUGACCCGGCAAGCCAAGGCUUUCCUGUCCUUCGAGAGGAUGCCGGAGAUCCAGCUGAGCCGCCGGCGCUCCAACCGGGAGAAACCCUGGCUGUGGUUCGCCACCGCCAAGUCGCUGAUCGGUAAGGGUGUCAUGUUGGCGGUGACGCAGGGCCGUGUGGUCACCAACGCUCUGAACAUCGCCAACGAGGACUGCAUCAAGGUCGCCGCCGUCCUCAACAAUGCGUUCUACCUGGAGGACCUGCACUUCACGGUGGAGGGACGCGACACACACUACUUCAUCAAGACCAGCCUCCCGGAGAGCGACCUGGGAGCGCUGAGGCUGACAAGCGGGAGGAAGUCCCUGGAGAACGGAGUCAACGUGACUGUGUCCCAGUCCACCACCGUGGUGAACGGCAGAACUCGGCGCUUCGCCGACGUGGAGCUGCAGUACGGCGCUCUAGCGCUCCACGUGCGCUACGGCAUGACUCUGGACGAGGAGAAGGCGCGUGUGCUGGAGCAGGCCAGGCAGAAGGCGUUGUCGAGUGCUUGGUCCAGGGAGCAACAACGGGUGAGGGAGGGGGAGGAGGGGGUGAGGCUGUGGACGGAGGGGGAGAAGAGGCAGCUGCUGAGCGGAGGGAAGGUGCUGGGCUACGACGGGUACUACGUCCUCUCCAUAGAGCAGUACCCCGAGCUAGCAGACUCCGCUAACAACAUCCAGUUCCUCAGGCAGAGUGAAAUAGGGAAGAGGUAACAGACAGAAUCCUCGGCACUGGCCGCCAAAGAGACUACCCCCUCCAAAUCUUGCCCCCCAACCUGCCUCGCCUCCCCCCUUUUCUCUAAAAAGGGGGAGGGGUCCAGGCUAGUGCUGUGUUUAGCGCCGACUAGCUGAAACAAACAGUAAAAUGUAGAAAUAUCUCAAACUGAACUAUACCUAAUACUACCACUGUGGGGCCUGAAAAUCAAACAAAACGGCUCCAACUGACGCAAAUGUUUGUCCCAUGUGCUAUACAGCGUUGAAUGGACUGUGGACUCUCUUGAAGAGAGAAAAAAAAGUCAAAACUCUCGGUUUGUGAAAGGAGAAAAAAACAAGAAAGAAGAAAUGUGUUUAUGUACGCAUAACACUACAACACGUCUGGACUAAUAGAAAAAAAGCCUUCUGGUUUCUUACAAAGGACAACGUCUAUAAUCUGAUUCUACAUCCUGAUGACUGACCUUUGCGUACUGAAAAAGGUAGUGUUGUUGUUCGCAGUAGGACCAUGGGUCUCCAAUGGUGGUAACUAGACAGUUAAAACCACUUGUUGAAACCACUUGCUUGUUCUGCUUUUCUUUCCAAAAGGGACAAAACAGCUCCCACCAAGUGACAUCUUUACCAAUACUAGAUCAAAAUGGGACGUUUUGGGAAUCGGGAGGUUGUGUGCGUGUCUGUCUGUCUGUCUCUGUCUGUCUGCCUGCCUGUCUGCCUGCCUGUCUGUCUGUCUGUCUGUCUGUCUGUCUGUCUGUCUGUCUGUGUGUGUGUGUGUCUGCCUGUGUGUGUGUGUGUGUGUGUGUGUAUACAAUGGAGACAAUUUGUGUGUGUAUGUAUGGAGGAAGUUAAUCAAUUAAAUGAAAUGAAAGAAUCAUAUCCAACCAAUCUUUUGAAAAACAAUGUGAGACAGUAUCUUUAUGGAUUUUUUUAUUAAGAUGAAAAAUUCCAAACUUAUCCAUACAUCAAUAUUAGCCUCUUAGAGAAAGUAAUUUAUGUACAGUGUUUAUACAUAAAAAAUAAAAUUGUAAAAAAUAUGAAGAUUUUUUUUUUCCUUCGUCAUGCGUUACUGUUUAUACUCUUCAUUAAGUUUUCAAUAUUUUAUCCUAUUAUAAUUCAUGGUAAUGCUUAUUGAAAUAACAUUUUAAAAAAUCAACCCUACUGUAUUGUUGAUUUCUGCAUUGAGAAUAUUCGGGUUUGGGUUUUACAUUUUCUUGCCUUCAUUGAUCAGAUUCCCUGAUAUCUGAGACGAACCAUGUUUUGUUUUGGCACUUAUAUUUUGUAUUCGAAAAGCGUCAGUUGAAUGGUCGAUGUCAGUCAGACAACCAAAUGUCUUAGGAAAUACUAGACUACUACUAUCAAGGGCAGCAGAAUAGUUUGGCUGUACGGUACGGUAGUAUAUCCUACCUUGUGGAAAUAGCCUUUCAACCUUAAGUCCUUUUGAAUAGGACACAAGGAAGGGCCACUUGCCCUUCUCAGCAAGAGGGUUUGAAAACAAAACACCUUGGUUGUCUUACCUAAAUAUCAUUUCUGCCUUUCCUAUAACAAAUCCAGGCUGUUUCUUAGAUCUCUGCUCAGCUCAAACGUGAAGGCUUCUCAUAAUCACUAUUAAGGAUGGAAAAUUCCAAAAAUGUUCCCAAAAUUUCCAGGUUUUCCAGAAAUUCCUAUUGGAAGAUUCAUCCAAUUGAGAAUUAUGAAAAACAUGAUAAUUUUGGGAUCGUUUCCAGAAUUUUCCAGUCCGAACCACUAUAGCUCUUUGCUCUUUCUCUACCUACGUUAGGAAGAGCUGAACUCAUGUUCCUUGUACCAGCACAGAGAGCACAGAUAGGGCUGCAGCAGUGAGAACUGAACGGAACCAAAUACGAGCCUCUUGACUUGAACAGAGACAACACCACCAUAAUCCAAGGGACCAUUUAACAUGCUCGUAAAUGUAUUCCUCCAACUUCACUUUUUAUGCUAAACAUGGCUUGAAAGCAAGAUAUUACAAACACAAUUACAUCAAACGGUUCAUUAGAUAGAGCAAAGGGGCAGAGUUUAGCUCGAGUUCCGGAGGGGAAAAGAGAGAGCGAAUAAACCUGGGAAAAGCCUAGAAACGGCUCUAUGUGCACUCUGGGUAAUUUUUCCGACUUAGCCUAAAUGGCUAGUGAGUGUAGUGUAAAGGAGUUGCCAGGGCGAUGAAGAUGACAUCAGCACUAUGAACUAACUCUCACUACUCCCUACUGAUCUCUCUGCCUGAGGGGGAUAACACACAUAUUCACCCACAGAAAGAGAAAGAAAAGUUUUUUAGUUUUCAAACUAUGACCAUUUCAAAGAUUUUUGUUGUUGUGAUGAUCUGAACGACACUUGAGGAAAUUUAGCCAGUCACACGAACUCUACAUCCCCAGGAGCCAUACCCAAACGCAGAUUAGCGUUUUUUCGUCAUGAAUGUUGUUCUGGAGGCAGCUCUGCAGAGUGGUCACUAGCUGGCUCAGCCAUGAAGUCAUAACAUUAACACUAACCUUAACCAUACUACUAACCCUAAUGCCUAAUCCUACCCUUGAAUUAAGACCAAAAAGCUAAUUUUAGUUUUCGUGGAUUUUUCCAAUAUAGCCAACUUUGACUUUCCAGCUGGCCUUAAGGGGAAAGCGCUCUGUUGUGCCUCUAGGACAAGACUCGUGAAAAUAAGCGUCAACCUGCCACCCAAACAGAAGAUUACAACACCCUUUCUCAAAUUUUUUCCAUGUUGCUUUUUCAGUCAAUGUGACCGCCUCAUGCAGUAGUUAAAAUCUGUUUCUUUUGUAAACAGAUUGUAAAAAUUUUUUAAAAAACGACGAAUGAGAAAGUAUUGUUUUUUGCUUUGUGAUUUUUUCAAUAUAUAUAUAUAUAUCAAUCAUUGAAUUGUAUUGCCGAGCUUAUUUUUCUAUUCAUGUGUGUGACAAGGUGGACAGAAGGUGGAAGGACUUAUACUCCCAGGUUGUUUGCGUGUUGGUUUUACUACGUUGUUGUCAGAUUUUCUCUGGUGUUAUUGGUUGGUCUUGGUCUGUACCAUGUGCCAUUUAUUCUGCAGGGGGAAUCCUAGUUGAUCCUACCCCUGCUGUAUCACAUUACUACUAUGAUGCCCCCCUCUCCCCCAUCGUCAGCCGAAAGUGCAGUAGCCCAGCCACAUACAGUGGCUUAAGAUCAGGACUCAACAUACUGAGUUUUCCUUUUGACUUUGCUGAUCUCUCAAAAUAACACUUCCCCCAAAUUAGACAAACAUACACUUUCAGUGCUGUUCUGUUUUACUCAGUCGAAUGUUGCAGUCUAACAAUGUGUUAGACACCUCCUGUUGGAGCGGACACACACGUGCUAGAAGGAGGGGAGCAUAUGGUGUUUCGGGGUUGAAAAAGGGGUCAUCCCACAAACAUGCAGGAAGCAGUGUGUUCUGGGUAUUGUUUGCAUGCUUACAAAGUAAAACGCCCAUCCAUCCGUCAGUCAUUGUUUCCCAUCCAUGUUAGAACAGACAUUUACAUAUCUACAUGGUUACAUGGUUAAAUGCUUCUGUAUUAUAUUGCACUACAUUGUAACAGCGUUAUUGCUUAAUGCGUAGUCCAUACAAUAACCUUAAAGUGCUGGUUGAUGCCAGGCCAUAGACCUUUAUGUUUGUCCUGUAGGUAGAAGCUUCCCCUUAGGCACAGAUCUAGGAUCAGCCUCCAACUCCAAUCCUACUUAACCAUUAGGGGGUAAAACACAAAACUGGCCUUAGAUCAGUGUCUCUAAAAGCAUCAUACCUACCUUCCGCUUUGUCUGAAGACGGUGAUUAGGUAGAGGAAUUUCCUUUCUCAAAGAACGUCCUGUCUUUAGAAGGAGAGGCUCAUGGGAUUGGGACCACUGCUGACCGAAACGCUGAGUCGUGUGCCAGCGUCGUGCACCAGCAUCGUCAUAAAUAUUAUAUUGCCGCCAUUUUGUUUUUAGAAGUGAUGAAGAAGGAGAAUGAUGUCUAUAGUGAUGUCACCACUAGCACCACCACAGCCACCUCUCACCCUAUCACAAAAAACACACGUCUGUUUAGCGAUGUCACACAGUUUACAGAGCUGAAGGGACAGCAAACACUGCAACGUUGAGACAACGUUGUGUGGUGGUUGUGUGUUAGCUGGGAAUUUGAGCAAAGAAAAUGUAUUUUUAUUUUUGUUAAGACCCUGUUGUCCAGAGUCACAGGUUAGCUGAUGUUUUGGGUUUGGAGAUUGAGGGAAUUUGAUAAAGAUUUUUCUAUGUAUUUUGUCAUUUAUUUUCUUUCUCUGAAAAUGAAACAGACGGGCGAAAAGUGAUCUUAAUUGUAACGUGUCAGUCAGUCCUCUCUUUGUAAAGAAGUUACAACAUAUCUUUUUAAUUUAUUUAGAGAUUUGUUCAUUUUUUUCUUGUCUUUUUUUCAAUCAGCAUCCUCCGGGAAAGUUUCAUCAUAAUGAUAUUGUUUUUAUAUAAACAAACAUUGCUGUUUUAGAGUGCAAUUAAAGUGCAAUUUUAAUGUAAGCUCCGAAAGGUCAUUUCCGGGGAUUCAAUCCCUUUUAUCUCCCAGAUGUUAAAGAUCCAACAGAGAUCAAUCAUGAUAACAAUAAACAUGUCAUACUGUAAAGGUUUCUGAA